AUGUCCGCCCCGAAUACCACAUUUGUCCUUCCUCCGGGUGUCAUCAACCCAGAAACGCCACUGGCUUACCUGCCCUCGGUCUUGGCGACCCAAUUCGAAGCGUCUCGCUAUCUGUACAUCGCAUCGCUCAGUGCAUGGAUCUGGGACUUCCUCUUGUCUCUCAAAGAAGACUACACUCUGCUUUCACGUUAUAGGCUGAAUAUUCCUACAAUGGUGUACUUCGUGUCUCGGAUCGCGUCGUUGGCUUACGUGACCACUUCUACUGUCUUUCAAGUAUCACCUAUUGGGUCAUGUCAGGCAUUGCAGUACGCGUUAGGAUGGUGCUAUGUUGUGGCUGGGCCAUCCACGUCACUCCUCUUUUUAUUCCGCAUUCGCGCCGUCUUCUUCCACAAUAAGCCCGUGGUGCUUCUCUUCUCUCUUCUAUGGCUUGCGGUCCUAGGCACCGCUUUCACGGUUCCAUUUGCCAUAACCGGAGAACACAUUGGACCUACCCAAAGGUGCAUUAAUACCGCAGUCAAGUCAUUCAGCUCUUCGUCCAUUAUUGUCGGUGGCAUCUUCGACUCACUUGUGUUCUUAACAAUCUCCUACCGACUUCUCACCACAAACCUGGUGGAAGAGACCUGGUCUUCUCGUCUGAAUUCCUUCCUCAGCGGCUCUGGGUUCACGAGACUCCCAGCUGCCCUCCUCCAAGGCGGACAGAUGUACUAUCUCGCUACUUCAGGGGUGAACAUCUUUACAAUUAUCAUGGUGCUCACUCCAAGCGUACCGGCCGUGUAUCACGCAAUGUUUACUGUUCCCAAUCUUGCGCUUGAAAAUGCGAUGGCAGGUCGAGUGUUCCGGCAGCUCAAGCUUGGCAUGCUCCAUGGCGGAGAGGAGACAUUGAUCAGGGGUGAUUCGUGGCAACAGAGAUAUGGUCAAGCUUCCAGAGGCGGAAAGGUCAAUGCUACUAUUGACAUGGAAUCAAGCAGUGGCACACAUGCACUACAUACCCUGACCUCAUCUGCAAGAGGUAUACAGGUAAAGGUUGAUGAAGUGAUCUCCACCGAUGUUUCCUCUGCAAAGCAGGCGCCCCUAAACUCUGAUUCUAUUUAG